GUGGCAAUGUUCAUAAGACUUUCCUGGUUCAGAGUGAAGCAGCAGUGCAGUAAACAUCAUCGGGAGCUAUUAUUCAACUGCAGCAACAGUUUAUAUAGAAAACAGUUCUUUUUAUUUAUUACUACUGUAAAAGGGCUGAGAUGGGUAAAGCGGUCACUGUGCUUCUUUGGCUAUUGCUGAUGCUGGGAGCAGUUUCAGCUCAAGGAGAGGCAGCACAGCAAGCUCUCCCGAACUGGCUGACGGGAAUCGUAGCCGUGGCUGUCUUUCUCUUCCUGGUCUUUGUCGCUUUUCUCGUCAACAAAGCCUGGUGUGACACUCCAAGUACGAGCCAGGAGCUAAAGUGUGAGGUGACCAGCAAUGAAUAUUCAAUGACCAACGGCACAAACCUGGACUCAGUCAGGAGCAGAGAGCACUACGAGGCUUACGAGAAUGUGAUCGUCCACAAAACUGAAACAGAAAAAGUUACUGCCAUGUGAAUCUGAGAGAUCAGUGAGACAGUAACACACAUAUGUGGACUUUCCACACAUAACAGAUCCAAAUAUGACUCUUGCACACACCACACUGGUUUCUACCGGAUAAUUAAUCACUGUACUGAAUGCAUAGACACACAGCACUGUGCAAAAAUCAGAGACCAGCCUUUGUUUAUUUACUUUCCACCCAAAACAAUCAUUAAGUACAAGCUAUUCAUUUUUCAGGAGAUAUUUCUGAGGAGAUUAGAUGUAAGAUAGUCCAGGUUCACAAGAAAGGAGAAAGCCAAAGCAACAAAAAGAUGGAGCUCAGAAAUGAUUCAAAGCUACAGAGAAAAUGAGACUCCUAACCACCACCUGGAAGACCUGGUAGACACCAAAACUACACCAUCAGAUAAACAGCACUUAAAGCUUUCAUCUUUGAGAGAGAGGAGAAAAUCAAGCUGCUUCAGAUCUGAAAACAUCCACAGGUGUUUCUGUCCAUCCUUCCACUGUGAGAAGACGACUCAGCGCUAUGGGUCUGAAAGGAUGUGUAGCUGUUCAAGAACACUGCACUGACCACCCCAGAGUCCAGAUAUCUAAAUUACUCAAUGUGUUCAAGAUUAUUUGGAUCAUGAGAAGAAGAAAAUGCAACCAACACUGAACUUGGUGUAAGACUUUACUUAAAGGGUGUCUAAACAAUACAUUCAUAACAUCUUACAUAAACACUUCAUAACAUGUUCA